UCUUGCUUUCUAAACAUCACAAUGGUUGUGAAAGUCUAUGGUUCAGACUAUGCUAACCCAAAGCGGGUGAUAAUGUGCCUCAUUGAGAAGGAAAUCGAGUUUGAGACAGUGUUUGUUGAUGGCUUCAAGGGAGAGAAUAAAAAGCCUGAGUACCUCAAGUUGCAGCCUUUUGGAUUGCUUCCUGCUAUUCAAGAUGGUGAUUACACCCUUUAUGAAUCAAGAGCAAUAUGCAGGUACUAUGCUGAAAAGUACAAAAACCAAGGGACUGAUUUAUUAGGGAAGACAAUAGAAGAAAGGGGUCUCGUGGAGCAAUGGCUUGAAGUUGAAGCCCAUAAUUAUCACCCACCACUCUACAAUUUGGUAAUGAAUAUUGUGAUUUCCCCUUUAUUGGGUCUUCCAUCAGACCCAAAAGUUAUCAAAGAGAGUGAAGAGAAGCUUGGGAAGGUACUUGACAUUUAUGAGGAGAGGCUAUCCAAGACAAAGUAUUUGGCAGGUGACUUCUUCAGCCUUGCUGAUCUUAGCCAUCUCCCAUUUACUCAUUAUUUGAGUCAAAUGAAAAAGGAGUAUUUGAUUAGAGAAAGGGUGCAUGUGAGUGCUUGGUUGGAUGAUAUUAGCAACAGGCCAUCUUGGAAGAAGGUUCUCGAACUAUCCAAAAACCCUUUCUAAUUACUUGGCUAUUGUGUUUACUAUGACCUUGAGAAUAAAGUGUAGCCUUGGCUUCAUCCUAGUAGUAGUCAUGGUGUUUGAUGCAAAGCUAUGUAUGAAAGUUACCUAAGAGGAUUUCAUGGUCAAA